AUGAGACAUUUUAUCAUUCGAAAAAAUAAUACCAAUCUUGAUUGUGAUACGUGGUCUUAUAUUACAGACAUGCCAAAAUGGCUCACAGUUGAAACAAGAAAUAAAAAUUAUCAAGCCAUAUACAUAGUAUCUUUAUUUUUAAAUGAUUUAUUAUUUGAUCAACAUGCCAAUUUUUUUCUAUCAUCUAGUUUAAUGAAAAUAUGCAUAUGUAUCCUUGAAGAUGAAAGUGGUCUAUUUAAAGCUAGCUGUUUCAAAAAGAAUCUUCUCGGAACAUCAGGACAAAAUUUAGACGAUAUCGAUCUUCAAUCAACGAUUGAGAGUCGUGUUCAGAUACUGGAAAAUUGUCUUAAAUGGAGUGCUAUUGCGCCAACAUGUCCUGAUACAUUAAGUUGUUAUCCAUAUGUUAAAAAUGAUCCAUUUAUAAUUACUGAUACACCACAUGUAUUCUUUGCAGGAAAUCAACCUAAAUUUGAAACACGACUUUUUCAAGGAUCAAAUGAUAUUCAAGUUCGUCUUCUCUGUAUUCCAUCUUUUGCUCAAUCAAAUUCGUGUAUUGCUCUCAAUUUAAGUACACGUGAAUGCUAUGAGAUAUCAUUUCAAAAUGAAACACCACAACUAAUUCAAUAG